AAUGAUUGUUGCUCAAAUUAUUGUCCAACAAUAUAUUCUAAUAUUACCUUAAUAUUGUUAUGCAAUUGUUGAGUCAAAUCAAACUUUAAAAUAAUAGUAAUAAUUAAUAUUAUUGUUUAUUAUUCAGUAACAAUUUUUUUUUAGACUUUUAUAUUAAAAAACACGUUGAAGAUGACACUUUGAAGUUGCUGAGUAUCGUGCUUAACAAAUCAGCUGUUCGAAAUAUAAUAUGAUAAUAUAUCAAACGCGAUAAUCGAUACUUAUGUUUUUUGAUAAAAAUCAUCAACACACCAUCAGUUUGAGACUUUUGGAGUUGAAAACAACCAACACAGGCAGAUUAUUCGGAGUAAUGUCUGAUAAUUCGUUAACUGUUCUUGGUUUUGCUCUUAAUCCAACUGAUGAUGAUGCAAUUGAACCAGCUGCUUUACAGCUCAAUAUGCCAGUUGAAAUUGAUCUAUGCGGUGUAUUAUUCAUUGGUGAUUGUAAAGAAGAUAUUCCUGAUGCUUUCAAAGACAUUGAUAUAACCGAUAAUCCUCUUUUAAUUAAAUACAAUUUGAGUAACCACCAACUUGAACCAUAUUACUAUGUUCAUCAAACAUUAAAACCAGCUGGUGAAUUGGAGGUGAUUGAUCAAGAUGAAAUUUGGGAAAAAUUUUAUUACAUCAGACUCAAAACAAGUAUACCAAUGUUGACACAAAAAAAUGAUAUUAUUGAAGCUUUCCAGACAACAAGAAAAAAUCUUGCAUCAGGAAAUAUUGGUUUUCACUUUCCUGACAGCAACACAUACCUAUUAGGCAAUGAUGAUGAAUCCACCGAAAUAUCCCUAAAAAAUUUGUCUAAAAAAGGAUCGAAUGAGUUGAAAAAAAAUAGCGAAGCUAAUACAAGAAUAAUUGAUGCAAUUGAUGCUAGUAUGUUAAUUGGUAUGACUAGUGAAAAAUCAAUUGAUGGAAGUAUGAAAUUUGCUCCGGUACUUCAACAAGUUACAAGACCAUUUGAAAGUCUUCAAUUUAAUUUAAAUAUUGAUGCACUAUCUCUUGUUGGCCAUAAUCUAAAAGCAUCACAGCUUUACUCAAUUCUUGUUGAAUCAGUUUGUCGUAACACCAGACUUAUUGAAAGAUCAAUUGCUCAACAAUUAAAUAAUAAAGAUAAAUUUAAAGUACCAGAAUUAAUGCAUUUCAGACCAAAAUCUUGUCCAGUCAUCACUAUUAGUUAUCCAGUUGGAUGUACUGAUGAUGAAACUAAAUCAUAUCGUAAAAAACUACACAAAGCAUUAGCAUUAGAUUUAUCAAAGCCUCUAUUUUGUCGAGGUAAUGCUGUUAAAUUUUCAAAUGAUAUAAAAUCAAAUGAACCAAUAUUGAGGCCACAUGAUGCUGUCCCAUUACCACAAGGUUCAAUUAGUCUUGGAAUUGUCAAAGGACUUUAUGCUUAUCAUCACUAUAUGCAAGAUAAUUUUGAUGACAAUGGCUGGGGCUGUGCUUAUCGAUCAUUCCAGACAGUAUUUUCGUGGUUUAAGUUGCAAGGAUUCACACAGAAAAAUGUGCCAACACACAAAGAAAUACAAAAAUGUCUUGUCGAUAUAGGUGAUAAAGGACAAAAUUUUAUUGGAUCUAGACAAUGGAUUGGAUCAACUGAAGUUGGAUUUGUUCUUGAAACACUUUUGGGAAUUUCAAUUAAAGUUUUGAAUGCACGAAGUGGAGCUGAUAUGGUUGAUCAGUUUAACAGCUUGAAAGAUCAUUUUGACAUCCAGGGAACUCCUGUUAUGAUUGGUGGAGGAGUUCUUGCUCAUACUAUACUUGGAGUAAGCCAAAAUCAAGAUACAGAUGAAAUUAAAUUUUUAAUACUUGAUCCUCACUAUACUGGACCAGAAAAUUUAACUACAAUUAUCAACAAAGGCUGGUGUGCAUGGAAAGGAAUGAAUUUUUGGAAAAAAGAUGCAUUUUACAACAUGUGUCUACCACAACGACCAUCACGAUACUGAUGAUUUUAAAAUGAUUAUCCAAGUGGAUAAAAAAAAAUCAAAUUCUAUCUAAUUUUAAAGUUUUAAAUUUUAACAAAAAAUAUCUUCUACUUUUAUGUUUUUUUUUUUUCGUCCUAUUAUUCUUUAAAAAUUUAUUGUACACAUCUGAAUAAUUAAUUAAUAUAAAAAAAAAAAAUCAAAACGUUUAUAUAUUUUAAUUGUUUUUUAUUAAAUCAACGAUUAAAAUUUUUAUUUGUAACUUAAAUAUUGUUUUUUUUUUUUAUUACAAAAUUUAUUGUGAUAGAAAAAAAAGAAAAAGUUAACAUUGAAAGUAA